AUGCCUAAAAAGAAAUCUAAACUCAAAAAAGAGUUUAAAGAGUUCCAAGUCAAUCCGAACUUGAGAGGUGUUUCAAAAACCUCAUCAAGAAAAAAGGCACCUAGCUUUAAAGCCAUGAAAUCCUACAUUGAGAAGAACCUACCUACCACGGUAGCAAAGCUCAAGCGUAUGGAGAAAUCGGGGUUAUACAAAGCUUCCCCUGUGGCUCAAAACGCCAAAUCCCAAUUACGUAUGCUGUAUCGUAAAAUGGGUCUUUCAGAUGAAAACUACCAUUACGGUAAGAGUUUCAAAAACUCCCUCACAUCUGCCGCUGAUGUACGUGUAUUAUACAACAUCAUCACAGAUGUACGUGCUAUUGACGCACGUGCGGUACGUAAAGAGUAUGAACGUCUUAAGGGGGUAUACAGCGAAAUGGGUACCGACUUUGACACAACCUUUACAUCAUUAUCCUCUCUCUCCAGUGAGUUCCAUGAAAUGUUUGCAAUCCUCACAUACAACACAAUUCAGGAAAUGUUCUAUUCCGAAGAUAUGUAUGAAACUAAAGACGGAAACAAAAAUAUAAGCACAACUAAACUCAUGGAUAAGAUGUUACAGGAAGUUGCAGAUAAGCAGUUAUCCGACAAGCAGGCAGAAUACCUCAUUCGUGCUUACAAUAAAAUGUCCAGUCAACUGGACUCGAAAACACUCCGAAACUUUGAAGCAAACCACCUCGAAACAAUCAACGAGUAUAUUAGAGGACUUCCUAAGAACUACAAAUCCGGUAAAGCACUUGACAACUGGAGAAGAGGAAAUUCAGGCAGUAGGGGUAACAGCAACAGAGGUAGGAAGAAAGGAAGAAAGUAA